AUGUUUGGUGAUUGUGCCAACUUUCGCACGGAGGUUCUGACCUUCGAGGUGGUGGACUUCCCGAGGUCCUACCAUGCUAUCCUAGGGCGGCUAUGGUACACCAAGUUCAUGGCGGUCCCCAACUACACCUACCUCAAGCUGAAGAUGCUGGGACCGAGCAGCAUCAUCACCGUGGGUAGCACCUUCUCGCACGCCUACACGUGUGACCGUGAGCACUAUGAGCUUGCCACCGACAUCGUCAACUCCGCCGAGCUCCCGAAGCUUGGGAAUGUGGCCGCACCGGCCAUCCUCGACUACAAUGAACCGACCUCCACGAGCGCCUUCCGACCAACCGAGGAGACCAAGGCAGUGGAAGUCAACCCCAGCGACCCGACCAAGAUGGUGCAGAUCGGGACCAAUCUCCCGACCAAAUAG